UGAAGCAAAGGUUAUGUUUGUAAGACUGCGGUACACAGCGCUGUACAAAAGCCCUGCAUUCUAUUUCACUUCUUCUUUGCUCUACUCCCAAACAACAAACAAACUAAAAAUGGGGAGCCGCUGCACAUUCAAAUCAGACAAUUUAGUCAUUAAAUCACCAAAUGAUCGGCGAUUAUAUCGAGUCAUUGAGCUCGACAACGGUCUCUGUGCUUUGCUUGUUCAUGAUCCUGAGAUUUACUCGGAUACUGAUUCUUCUGCUAGAACCCUAAAAGAAGAAGACGACGAGGAAGACGACGACGAUGAGGAAGACGAUGACGAUGAUGAAGAAGACGAUGAUGAUGAAGAUGACGAAGAGGAUGAUGAAGAAGACGAGGAGGAAGAGGAAGAGGGAGACGAAGGAACGAGAAAGGGAAAGGAAAAUUCGCAGACUAAGAAGGCAGCAGCAGCAAUGUGCGUAGCAAUGGGCAGCUUCUCUGAUCCUGUUGAGGCUCAAGGCCUUGCUCAUUUUCUAGAACACAUGCUCUUUAUGGGGAGUACCGAGUUUCCAGACGAGAAUGAGUACGAUAGUUACUUGUCCAAACAUGGAGGCUCAUCAAAUGCAUACACAGAAGCUGAGCAUACAUGCUACCAUUUUGAAGUCAAACGCGAGUAUCUUAACGGUGCCUUGAAAAGAUUUUCUCAGUUUUUCGUUUCACCUCUUGUGAAAACUGAAGCCAUGGAGCGGGAGGUACUUGCAGUCGAUUCAGAAUUUAACCAGGUUUUGCAAAAUGAUGCUUGCCGCCUCCAACAACUGCAAUGCCACACGUCUGAACCCAGUUACCCAUUUAAUAGAUUCUACUGGGGUAAUAAAAAGAGCCUUAUUGAUGCAAUGGACAAAGGGAUAAAUCUUCGAGAACAAAUUUUCACAUUGUAUAAAAAUUAUUAUCAUGGUGGACUGAUGAAGCUGGUUGUCAUUGGAGGAGAGUCCCUUGACGUGCUUGAAGGAUGGGUUACAGAAUUAUUUGCUAAUGUCAGAAAUGGUUCUUGGGCAAAGCCCAAAUUUGAGCUGCAAGGCCCUAUCUGGAAAGCUGGUACACUUUACAGAUUAGAGGCAGUCAAAGAUGUUCACAUGCUUGACUUAACAUGGACAAUGCCAUGUCUUCGUGAAGAUUAUUUGAAGAAAUCUGAAGAUUAUUUGGCCCAUCUUUUGGGACAUGAGGGCAAAGGAAGCAUUCAUUCCUUUCUCAAAGAAAAAGGGUGGGCAACUUCGUUGUCUGCUGGGGUUGGAGAUGAAGGAAUGCAUCGAUCAUCGGUAGCUUAUAUCUUUGGCAUGUCCAUUCACCUCACCGACUCUGGCUUGGAUAAGAUUCAUGAAAUCAUAGCCUUUGUCUAUCAAUACCUCAAGCUAUUACGUAAUAUUCCUCCACAAGAAUGGAUAUUUAAGGAACUUCAGGAUAUUGCAAACAUGGAAUUCAGAUUUGCAGAAGAGCAGCCUCAAGAUGAUUAUGCUGCAGAACUUGCAGAGAAUUUGCUUGUUUAUCCAGCAGAACAUGUUAUUUAUGGAGAUUAUGUGUACAAGAUUUGGGAUGAGAAAAUGAUAAAUCAUCUGCUGGGUUUCUUUACUCCGGAAAACAUGAGGAUUGAUGUGGUAUCGAAGUCGUUCACUAAGUCACAAGAUGUUCAAUAUGAACCUUGGUUUGGCUCAUCUUAUACUGAGGAACAUAUUCCUCCUCAUCUGAUGGAAUUGUGGAGAAAUACCCCAGAAGUUGAUGUUUCAUUGCAUCUUCCUUCAAAGAAUGAAUUUAUUCCAUGCGACUUCACUAUUCAUGCUGAUAAUGAAACCACAGCGAACUCAUCUUCUCCUAGAUGUAUUAUUGAUGAACCAUUAAUGAAGCUCUGGUACAAGCUUGACAACACUUUUAAGCAUCCUCGUGCAAAUACAUAUUUCCGCAUCAAUUUAAAAGGUGCAUACAGUAGUGUGACUAGCUGUCUUUUAACUGAGCUAUUUAUUCAUCUUCUCAAGGAUGAACUCAAUGAGAUUAUAUAUCAGGCCAGCAUUGCCAAAUUGGAGACAUCUGUGUCUUUUGUUGGAGAUAUGUUAGAGUUUAAGGUUUAUGGAUUUAACGAUAAGGUUCUAGUUCUUUGGUCUAAGGUUUUGGUGAUAGCCAAAUCAUUUUUACCAACCGAUGAUCGUUUUAAGGUUAUAAAGGAGAAUAUGGAGAGAAGCUUAAAGAACGUCAAUAUGAAGCCUUUAAGUCAUUCAUCAUAUGUGAGACUUCAAGUUCUAUGUAAGAACUUCUAUGAUGUGGAGGAGAAGCUGUGUGCUCUAAGCAACCUGUCUCUUGCUGAACUGAAUCAAUUUAUUCCUGAGCUUCGUUCCCAGCUUUUCAUUGAGGGCUUUUGCCAUGGCAAUUUGUUGGAAGAAGAAGCAAUGAACUUGUCAAAUAUAUUCAAAAGCAACUUUUCUAUACAACCUCUCCCAGUCAACAUGAGGCAUGGGGAAAAUGUGCUAUGUCUUCCCCCUAGAUCCAUCUUGGCUAAAGAUAUCAAUGUGAAGAAUAAGUCUGAAACAAAUUCUGUAAUUGAGCUUUAUUUUCAAAUUGAGCCAGAAACAGGGUUAGAAUCAGUAAAACUAAAAGCAUUGAUUGAUCUUUUUGAUGAAAUUGUGGAAGAGCCACUAUUUAAUCAGUUAAGGACAAAAGAGCAGCUUGGUUAUGUGGUUGAAUGUAGCCCAAGAGUGACAUAUCGUGUUUAUGGGUUUUGUUUCUGUAUUCAGUCUUCCAAAUAUUCUCCAAUUUACUUACAGGAUAGAAUUGACAACUUCAUAAACGGCCUUGAAGAGUUAUUGGAAGGGCUUGAUGAAGCAUCUUUCGAGAAUUAUAGGAGUGGGUUAAAUGCUAAGCUACUGGAAAAGGAUCCUUCUUUGCAGUAUGAAACUAAUCGGCUGUGGAAUCAAAUUGUUGAUAAAAGGUAUAUGUUCGACUUCUCCGAGAAAGAAGCAGAAGAACUGAAAAACAUCAAUAAGAAUGACAUUAUAAACUGGUACAAAGUGUAUUUGCAGCCAUCGUCUCCGAAGUGUAGAAGACUUGUUGUUCGGGUUUGGGGUUGCAACACGGACCCAAAAGAAUUUGAGACAGUGCGGGAUUCCGAGCAGGUGAUUGGAGACCUCUUGACCUUUAAGACAUCAUCUGAGUAUUAUCCAAGCUUUUGCUGAGUGAGCAUGUUAUUUCAACAAGCGGAACAGAUUUGAUUCAAAGUCUGACGUCAGCCCCCAUUUUUUUAUUUGGAUUGGGUCAGGUCAGCCCUUAUUUUUACACAAUGGGAGUUAAAUUUUGGAACAGCAUUAUUUGAUCCUUUUUGGGAGAGGAAAUGAGUUAAAAACAAUGAUCAUUCUUGUAACAUUAUGUUGCAUUUUUACAUGAUUUUUGAAGAUAAAGUGAUAAAAUAGACUUGGAUUUUAAUUUUUAAAGACUAGUGAAUGAGUAGGACCUUUAGAUUUUUUUUCCACAGGGUGAUUGAUUAUUAUAUGUAUUAGUAACUACUUUUUAAUCUUCGAAAGAUGCCAGGACUUUAAUGGUUAUUGCUAUUUCAUUUAA